AUGAGCUUCCCCUCCGUUUCUCGCAAGUCGCGCAUCACAAGCGCGGCCAACGUUCUCUACAACAAUGCCGUAUAUUGGCCGAAUCACAGCGUGUACCGAGGUGACACUCCCGGUUCACUCAACUACGGAUGCAUCAACCGUGUUUACUAUGCCUUUGCCAACAUCAUGGCAGACGGAGGGGUGUUUCUCAGCGAUGAGUGGGCAGAUGUCACAGCGCCUUGUGACGGUGUCCAAGGGGCUCUCGGGUCCUUGAUGCAUCUCAAGCAGAAAUAUCCCCAUCUGCAAGUGGUCUUAUCCAUUGGGGGUGGCGCUUCCAGUGAGACAUUCGCACUGGUGGCUUCCAGCGCCAUUCUCCGUAACAACUUUGCACAGUCCGCUCGCGGUCUGGUGGAAGCAUCCGGCCUGGAUGGAAUAGACAUUGUAUGGGACUACCCCUGCUCCCCGCAACAAGGAAGUGAUUUCGUAUCUUUACUGGCCGCAGUCCGCGUCCAUCUUCCCGAGGACCGUUACCUGCUCACCGCUGCUCUCCCUGGGGCCAAGUCCAUCUUGCAGAAUAUCAAUGUGCGGCAGGCAGCUGAAUACUUGGACUCCAUUAACUUGAUGGCGUACGACUAUUUUGGGUCUUGGUCACACCGAAGUGGGCAUCACUCCCAGCUUUAUGCAAUGAAUAAAGAAGAAGCAUCAGGGGCGUCGAGUGUGCAAUAUCUGAUGGCUUCCGCUGUCCCGGGCAAGAAAAUCUUGUUUGGAAUCCCUCUCUUUGGACGCAGCUUUCUUCACGCGAGCGGCUCAGGCCACAAAUUCCAGGGUGCCGGGGGCGGCGACGACGGAUCCUUCGAGUAUUGUCAGCUACCACGACGAGGAACGAAGGAACAAGUUGACAAGCGGGCCGUUGCCGCCCAGUGUGUGGGCGGAGACGGUGGGUUCGUCACUUACGAUAAUCCGGAUACAGUGAAGGCCAAGGCCACUUUUUGUAAGCAAAAGGGACUCGGUGGUCUCUUUUACUCGAGCGCACCAUCAGAUGUCAAAGACAGUAAACGGAGCUUAAUUGCGGCGGGUUUCCGAACACUGCAUAGCUCUUGA